AUGGAAGGAGGCACCUACAAGGAACCGUGGCAAACCAAAGAAGUUCUCGAUCCAGGAAUUGAAUCAGAUGGGUCCAUAUCAAUAAUUGAAAACAUUUUUGAAUAUACGGUAGAAUGUGUGUAUCACUUCAUUUUGACGAACCAUGCUUCGAAGCAAUCUGAUAUUGAGAAACUCCUCGAAUUGUACGGAACAAUCGAAGACAAGGACAAAGAAUUUGCGGAAAAAGUUCUGAGAGUACAACAGAAUUGUGAGCCCAAUACUUUUAGAGAAAUUACGAAAAAAUUCGGAGAAAAAUAUCUACCAACAUUCGGAAAGCCAUCAAAACAACAAAUGGACUCCUCUCGGGUGUUUCAUAGUCCAAGCGGCUAUUUAUCAGAUGGAUCUGCUAACGAAAAAGAAAUUUCCAAAUUUGUGUCGUCUUCUCUCAACGAAGUUUUUGAUUCAAUUUUCACUCCAGAAGAGAUUAAAAGAGUUGUCAAAGGGCUAAUCUCGUCGUUGGCGGACAGUGAAACACGACUACAGCACAUUGGAAAUGUCAACCAAGGCUUGAGCUAUGAGUUUGCUAAUUAUUUCGAGAAGUUGGACCCAAAAUAUUUCGAGAAGUGGGACCCGAAGUUGGUUUCUGAUUUUCAUGAGAAAAUGUGUAGUUCAACCACUAAUUUCAUAGGAUAUUUUGCACUUCAUACAAUCAGACAUCAUUGCUACGUUAACUUUGAUGUUGGAAAACUGAAAUUUUACCGAAGAGAAAUGUACGAAGAAGCUGUGAAAGCCUCAAAGAAAGAAGCAAAAUCGCGUAAUAAUUCUGUCAAGUCAGAAAACGAGUGCAAAAGUGAAACAAUGAGAAAAGACGUUCCAUCAAAAGUUUUCAAUGUUAAACGAGAAAUCAGUACGGAGUCUGACGACGAUUAUUGUGAGAUCAUAGCGCCAAGUCCAACAAGUAAAAGUAAAAAGCGCCGAGCAUCGGAAAGCACGAGUAGAGUCCACUCAUCUGACGUCGCAGAAGAUGAAAAAGAAAUGUUGGAAGAGCUGAAAAAGGAUCAACUUCCGAUGAAUUUUAAAGCAAGAUUCAGGAAACUUACCGAACAAAAUCAGAUGCUACGCGAGCAAAUCUUGGAAUAUAGAGAGAUGAUCAGUUUGAGAAUCGCAGAAAAGAAGCAGAAGCUGGGAUGA